AUGCGAGCACGGCGGCCGUGCCUCCCGUUGAGCACUCGCCUGCCGCGACUGACGCGCGCGCCAGCACAGCUGCUUCGCCGAGCCGCCUCCUCGCAAGACAAGGGCGACGACCCGCUCAAGCCUGACGGCGACGCGCGGCUCGACCGGCUUUGGCCCGGCAGGGCCGUGACAGAGGCGGAGGAGAUCCUCGCGUCCGCGCCGCUCCCGCACGGCUUCGAGGCAGCGGCGCCGUCCAAAAAGGCGCGCGUCUUUGCGCGCUCGCUGCGGCAGCGGCAAGCGGCGCAGUCCGCGAACCGCGCGUUUCUCCCGCUCGAGAUGUCGGCCAUCAUAGACCUGUUCGACGACUAUGCCGGCCCCGCGAGGCAGCUUGACCGCGACGGCCUCCGCGCGCUGCUCGCGAGCGUGGGCGAGAGGCCGGACGAUGCCACGCUCGAGGAGCUCUUCCACCAGGCGGACGUCGACAGCAGCGGCGCCAUCGACCUGGACGAGUUUCUGCACGCCUCGGACGCGCUGCUCGCCUCGAACCCGGCGCGCUGUAUCCUGGUCGUGGGCGGGCCCGGGAGCGGCAAGGGCGUCCUCUGCCGCCGCCUCGUCGACGACCUGACCCGCAUGCUCUCCGCGCCUCUAGGCGGGCGGCGGCUGCUGCUCGACGGCUUCCCGCGCUCGCGCGACAAUGCGAUCGACUUCGAGGCGCAGUGCGGCCGGCCGGAGCUGGCGCCUGCACCUGCAGCGGGGCGGACACGUGCACCGCAUGCGGCUGUGCGGCGCAUCGCCGUCUACCGCCAGCAGAGCGAGCCUACUCUCGAGUGGCUGCGAGCGAGCCGCGUGCCGAUCGUCGAGCUCGACUCGAGCGGCUCCCGGGAGGAGAUGUGGUCCGGCCUCAAGGCCAUCGGCAGACUGAUGCGCAACAUAGUGAUAUGA